UGGCAAGAGAAAUGUUUAGGUACAAGAUCAAUAUUUUGGGCUUUAGUGAAAUGAGAUGGACUGACUCAGGGAUGCUAACACUUGGUUCAGGGGAGAUUGUCUGUUACUCUGGAAGGUCAGAUGGACAGCAUCAAGAAGGGGUUGGCAUCAUCAUGGAUAUUCAGGCUAAGAAGAGCCUUCUGGGAUGGGAACCAGUUAACUCUCGGAUCAUCAGAGCAAGAUUAUUUUCCAUCUACGCCAAAACCACCAUUAUUCAAUCCUAUGCACUUACCGAACAAGCAACAGAGGAGGAGAAGGACUUAUUCUCUAGCAAACUGCAAGAGCAGAUAGACAAGAUACCUCACCACAACGUUUUGAUCAUAAUGGGGGAUCUGAAUGCAAAAGUCGGGUUGGAUAAUGAAGGCUACAAAUCCUGCAUGGGCCCCGAGGGUGUCAGCGAAAGAAACAAUAAUAGACAGCGUUUUGUAGAUUUGUGCCUGGAUAAUGGUCUGGUGAUAGGAGGCACUGUCUUUCAACAUAAGACAAUACAUAAGUUGACCUGGAUAUCUCCAGAUAGAAGGACUUAUAACCAAAUUGAUCACAUUGCUAUCAACCAGAAGUGGAGAAGAUCCAUGAGAGAUGUCCGAGCGCUGAGAGGAGCAGAUGCCAACAGCGAUCAUCAUCUCCUUCUUUGCAAGCUGCAGCUCAAGCUGAAACGGCUGAAAAGGACAGACAGAAAGACUGGUGGCCAGUUCUUUGACUUCAGUAGACUAAAACAUCCAACAGUGAAGAUCCAGUUCACUCUAGAGCUGUCCAACAGAUUCAGCCUGCUUGAAGACCUGAUAGCAGAUGAUAUUAAUAUCCACUGUGAGGAUAUCCAGAAGGUAUACCUGGAAACCAUCAAGAUUGUAUUGGGGUACAAGAAGAAACAGAGAAGGGAGUGGAUUUCAGAUGCUACAUGGCAGCUCAUUGAGAACAGAAAGGCAGUUAAACAGCGCACACUUGCAGGCAGUGACGAAGAUAAAAUAACAGCUGUACAGGUCUACAGGGACCUAAACGUUGCCGUGAAGAGAAGUGUACGAAGAGAUAAAAGAGCGUAUGUGGACAAUAUUGCCAUGGAGGCCCAGUCAGCAGUAGACAGAGGUGAUACUAGGACAGUGUACAAGAUCACCAAGACUCUUAUAGGAGACUUUACCAACAAGUCUACUGUAGUAAGAGACAAGAAUGGGAAAAUGCUGGUGACAGCAAAAGAACAGCUCAGCAGGUGGACAGAACACUUCAGGGAGACUCUCAACAGACCCGACCCAGAGGAAGAGGCUGAUAUUAGAAGUAUGAACCUCCAAGUAGACAUGGAAUGUGGGGACAUCAGUGAGCUGGAGAUAGCAGAUGCUAUCAAACAGAGUGCCCGAGGAAGACCAGAUCACUGCUGAAAUGCUUAUGGCAGACCCCAAGGCAAGCGCACAAGCUCUGAGGGGUGUCUUCAACAGGGUCUGGAAAGAAGAGAGGGUACCGGAGGCCUGGAAGAAGGGCAUCAUUGUGAAGUUACCCAAAAAAGGCGAUCUGUCCAUCUGCAGGAAUUGGAGAGACAUUAAUCUGCUGUCUGUGCCGGGAAAGAUUUUCAGCAGAGUCCUGCUACAAAGAAUGCGAAAGGGCAUUGAGAAAAUCUUCAGAGAAGAACAGGCUGGCUUCAGAAGUGGAAGGUCAUGCACGGACUAGAUCUUCGUCCUACGCACCAUAGUAGAGCAGUCAAUAGAGUGGAACUCUUUGCUCUAUAUUAAUUUCAUCGAUUUUGAGAAGGCAUUUGAUAGCAUCCACCACCUCUCACUCAGGAGGAUUCUACAAGCAUACGGGUUCCCUGAGAAGGUCAUUAACAUCCUGAAGGACUUGUACGUUGAGAAUCAAUGCUGUGUGAGACAUGAAGGACAGCAGAGUGACUGGUUUCACGUGAAGACGGGGGUCAGACAGGGCUGCGUAAUCUCACCUGUUAUCUGCCUUGUGGUCAUCGACUGGGUGAUGCACAUAGCCACUGAGGGUAGAUCAAGGAGAGUGCUAUGGGGACCGACUGCUCGGCUUGAGGACUGCGACUUCACAGAUGACCUGGCGCGUCUCGUGCAUGAUCAGCAGGACAUCUAAAAAGAGACUGACAUUGUUGACUGGACAGC